AUGAAUUAAAGUAAUCAGGAUUUGGAAUCGAUUUAUUAAAAUUUACCUGAGAGUGCAGUAUUAGAGACAAUUGCGUAUGAUGCAGAUUUAAAAGUAACGAACACAGAUAACAAACAAUUUAAAUAUCCAGUAAUGAUUAUUUUUAUCUUAGACUAUUUCCAAAGUUUGCGUUCAUCCAAAAACAUGUUUUGAACUUGAAAAUAUCCUUUAUUAAAUACAAAUAAAUGGUGCUUGGAAAUGUGAAGAGUGCAAAAAUAUCUGUUAAACAGAUGGUUUGUGUAAAGACUUUAGAUAUAAAGUAUAAAUGGAAUUUAAUGAAUUUGUUACUAAUAUCAUGAUAAUAGAAGGAAAAUUAUUUAAUAAAUCUUCUAGAAAGGCCAGAUAUUUAAAUCAUUUUUCUACAUAAUAAGUUAGGGUUCAUAUGAAAGGAUUAUAUCAAAGGUAUGUAGCUACAGAGGGCUCCAUAAAUUAAAUAAUAAUUAAUGAACUAAAGAAAAGCUAAAAGAUAAAAACAGGAACAAAUUAACGAAUUUAAUAUUGGGCAUUCUGCUUAUAAGACAAAGUUAAAAUUACUAUCCCUGUAAGAAUUAUAGGGUGUAAUCAUCCUGAAUGUUAUGAAUUAACAAGUCUUUUAUAAAUACAAUCUCAAAAGCAAGAAUAAUUUUAUGUAUGUGCAUACCCAGGAUGUGAUAACCCAAGAAAGAAAAUUGAUAUUUCUACUAUUGAGAGUUUAUUCUCAUCAAUCACAAUUGAUGAAGAUUUAUUGAAAAUUAUUAAGAAAAGUAGUCUAAAUUCUAUGAAAUUUAACUUUAACUAUUAAAUAUAAAAAUUUGAAGAAGAUGUUUAGAGAAAAAAUGGGUAGAUCGUUGAUCCAAUUAUCGAAAAGUACUUUGAUAAAAACAAAAAAGAAAUUAAGGUACCAUUUGAAGAGUUUUAAAAAUAAGUGUAAUCCUUAGUAGCACAAGUAUGUUAAAAUGAUCUUUUUAAAGAUUAACCUAACUUAGAAAAAUUAUUAGCUUAACAUAAAUUUCGCAACUUAGAAAUUAAUAUGAAAGAUAAACUAACAGAUAUGAUCAUUGAAUAGCCUGUUAGAUGCAAAAAUUGCACCAAUUUUUCAACUUGUUUGGAUUUGAAAAGUUAUGCUUGUGAAUUCAUUAAAAAGAAAUUAAUCAGUUAAGUUGAGGUAUUCAAAUGUCCUAUUUGUUAAACUUCUUUUCAAGGCAAUAUGAUUAAAUCUAUGCUAUGGAAUUACAUCUACUUGGAUUAGAAUUUAAUAUUCAGAAUGUUUAAAGAUUUGUCAUAUGUAAGCACAGCGAAAUUUUAAUAUUUGGGUCGACAAUAUAUGAUAUAGGAAUUUUAGGAGAGGUAAGUAUUAACAAAGGCUGAGUAUAUUAAUGCAUUAUCAAAAAAAAACCCGAAUUUAAAAGUAGAAUUUAAAUCAAUUAGCUGUUCCUUCAAUAAAAAUUAAAAAUUAGAUAUUCCACUACUAUUAUUUAAAUGCCCACUUUCAACAGUGAUCGAUUUUGAUACCUUGUAUCUGCAAUUAGAAAAAUGCAAUUUUGACAUCGAGAAAGGGUUGAUUUUUUGUAAAUGCUAAACUUGUAAUACUUCUCCAAUUAAAAGCCUAUCAGGCUAAAUAUUUUACCAUGAAGCCUUUGAUUAUGCACUUAAAAAGUUCUAAUAGUCUAAAAACAAAUCAACUUCAUUUUCUUAUGAUUUUUAAUCGGAUUCUUUAACUAAUAGCGAAGCCUUUACAGAUACAGGAGCAUUUGAUAAUAUUUCUGCUCCUAAGAAAAUGGGGUUCUUGGAUAUGUUAAAUGAAGAGGAAUACCAGAAGAUAUUUGGUGAAAAAAAAUUAGAAGGAAGAACUUUUUAGAUUUUAAGUAUCACUUAAACAGAUGUCUUUGAUGGAAUAGAUAUAAAAUAUAAUAAGUAGGGGAUAGAGAGUAAUCUAGCUGAGAGAAAGGAAUAAAUGAACAAUAAUUUAAAAAAUGAUCAAACCUUAAAAAAAUACAAUUUUGUAAUUAAGGAAAUGAAUCUACAACUUAAUGAUAAUCCUAUUGUUCAUAGUUUAAAUUUUUAAGGAUGA